UAAAUAUUUAUAUCCACGACGAUGUCCGAUUAAACUAAAACUUGGGUUGAAGAUGUUGAACUUAUUAUUUCUUAGGCAUCCAAUUUUAUUAAAAUUAAUAUGAAAUAACCAAUUUAUGAUUUAGCAAAUCAAAUUCCUUUUAAUGAUUGGAAAAAUACAUAUUAUAUUCCAUUAAGCAAUCAAUAUGAGAAAUGGCCAGAAAGGUUCACAUUAUUUAAAUAAAACAAUAUAUUGAGUUUAGGAAAUCAAAAUCAACGGUUAAUUUUUCUUGGAUUAAGCACUUUAGCUCUAGUAUCUAUUUCAAAAAGAAGUAUAUUUUGGGUGUAAUAAUUAUUAGCCUCCUCUGGAUUAUUGCCAAUCUUAAGAAACUCUGUAGUGACUUAUUUUGGUUUAGGAUUAGUUGUGGCCCCGGAAAUCUAUAAUCCUCUGCUUGUCAAGAAGAAUAAAAAGAAUUGAAAUAUUGCAAAAAAUAUAAAACAAAAUUAUCUAUAGUACAUUGAGUGGAG